UGUGUAGUGCAGCUACAAGCACAGAAGCUACUCACCGGGUCUGUCUGACGAUUCGCGGAUGCUGGAAUGGUGCUCAUGCAAUGAUUGGGUUGCAAGUCGCACAUGAUUUGGUCAGAUCAACACAAACCCGCCUGUUUGCUUCUCGGACUUUAUUUGACUCGGUAGCAAUGAGCAAUUAUUCGCUGUGAGUAGCCUUUCUCUGUCCACCAUUUACCUCAUUUGCUGCAUGCGCUAUGUGACCGCGCGAAGAAUACGUCCGUGGGUGCUGGUAUUCCUUAGCGUCCAGCUACAAUUGACGAGGCAGCUAUGUCCACAAUGAGAGGUCCGCGGUGCGGUUCGGAGAAGAUCUUGCUGACAAUUGGACUGGUCUGCUAUCAUGUACUUGGGGCAUCAGCGCAGAAUGGGUCCAGCUCAGGUGGCUUAUCUGGUGGGACUGUGGCAGGUGUGGCCGUCGGAUGUUUGCUGGCUGGCGUGGGCAUUGGAGUGCUUGUCGACAUGUUCCUCAUACAGCGGGUCAGAGAGCGGAGAACAGCGGGUCCCAGCAUGGGCAGAAAAUCUGCCACGGAUGACCAGCUCGCUGAGAGAAUUGUGACGAACCCGUAUGAAAGUAGUGCUGAGCGGGUCACGUUUAACAAUCCAGCGUUUCACAGAGACUCGAUGUCAGACCCAUCUGACGUGGAGUCUGGAUCGAAUCGCAGCUCGCCAGGCGACUCUAAGGCAUCAUCAACAUUGGGAAAGAUGACCAGGCAGCCAUCUGUACAGUGGCCACAAUGGACAUCAAGUGGUAGUCAAGGUGCCAUCAAGAAACAAUGGCGCGAGAGUGUGGCAAGCAAGAAGUCAGAGAUAGGAGAUGUUGAGGCUGGAGUGACAGAUGCUGUAGCAGAUUUACCCAAGACGGGAUGGUUCUCGGCAUUGGUCAAGAGGCUGCCUAAGUUCAAAGUUAGCAUACCAGACUCCCCAGUUCAAGAAGUUGACGCUCUGGCAGCUAAAGUAGAUGAGGAAGGUGUACUACCGGUCACCGAUAUGAGCGCUAUAUUGGAUGAAGUUGAUCAGCUAGCAAGAGAGAUUGACAGCAUGCCAUCUUCAUUCCCCUCACAAAAGCCAAGUGCUCUUACCGAGCAAGCUUUUGGCCAAGUUGCUUCUGCUGUACCAGGGAGUGAUGCUAUGGAUUCGGCUAUUGCAGCGCUUGUUGAUGAGGCACCUCCACAAUUGCCUCCGACGCCGGACAUGUCGAAACUCGAUGAGCGGGUCGAGAUACCCAAGAUAGCGAAACGUCCAAAACUGACCGCUGGCAUCAGUAGCAGCAAGCUCACAACAAGCAGCAGCAGUAUGGGCAGUGCAGGAGCAGCUGCUGCCGCAGAGACCAAGAUUAUACCGAGUGAGACCCUCUCUGCUGCUAGUUCAGCCAUGCCAAAGUUUGAACACAAGCCACUCGACUCCAAAUCAACGGCAAAGCUCAUGGGCAAUCCUUUCCUUGCAAGUGACAAGAGAAAAUCACCAAGCAACACCGAUGGCAAAAUGCCUGAGAUGAAGAAAAGGUCCAGUGGAACCGCUCAUCUGGCCGAUAAAUUCAAGCAAGAAGAGGCCGCAUUCAAACGACCCUCACUUCGCAGUGUGGCAUCAACCAAGUCCAGUGGCAGCGACUCUGGCAAAUCAGGAGAGCAUUCUAUACCCGGCAGUGCUAGCUUGGGCUCAGAAUUGAGCCAAGCAGCUGGUCCAGGGUUUACAAAAGUGUCCUUGCGAAAGGUAGAUCGAGGCAAAUCUCCACCCUCUGUAGCCGAUGCUUCUACAGCCAGUAACUCUCUUCAGCAGGCCAUGUCAGGUCUAAAGAAGACAACUCCCGAGUUGCCUCCUGAUCGGCCGACACCAGAAUCAAAGCCUCCAGUCCCAGAGCGACUGCCAGAGCCCCUGCCCACAGAGUCAGAGGUUGAUCUGAUGGAGGCAACGGAUGAUAUGUACUGUGAUCCAGACCCAACAACACCGAUUCCACGCUCAGCAUCUUUCCCUGCGACACCCACCAGCAUGCAACCAGCCAGCGUAGAUCUAGCAGCUGUGACCGCCAGCCAAGAUGAAUACAUCUUACCAGAAGAGGCUUCCCCGGCACAGCCGUACAUGCAGGAGGAUUACAUUGAGAUGGCCGAAGGCGUUCCAAGCCCCGCAGAGCAGAACCUGCCAAGCACACGCCAGCUGCCUAAGCCGAACGGCAAAACACCUGGCUAUAUGCAGUUGGCAGACGCAGUGACGGGAGACAACAACGAGUAUCUAGAUAUGACUGGCACUCUUCCUAAAGCGCCCCAGGUCGCCAAGAGGAAGAUCUCCGAUGCCAGGUCACCAAUGGCACAGCCGGGCAGCGCCAUUUUACAGAAGGGGGCUAAGCAGGCCAAAAAGGCCAAGGAGGCCAAAACCGGUGGCUUCUUCAGUCGACUUUUCAAGUCCAAAGCAAAAGCACCCGCUCCAGCCAAUGCAGCAACACCAGCCCAGCAAGCAGCUCUCUCUAAACUGCGACCUGGCUGGCGUGUGGCAUCUACCUCGUCGAGUGUCAAGCAUGCUGAUCUACCCGUACCCGCCCCGCCGGAGUGGGUACAGCAGCUGCAUCAGAAAGGGCGGCAAGCCUAUGAUGGCAAUGACAUCUAUGAAGAGUACGGCGGCGAUGCAGACGGCGACAUGUACGAAGAGCUUAACACAAGCCCUCGGCAGCAUACUGUCGACAAGAUUGCCAAGCCCAGUGAGGGACGAAUGCUGAUAACAGCGCAGGCCAAGGAGCAGGCCAUAGCCGACCUGCAGGCAACGCCCAUGCCCAAAGGUAACGUCAAGCGACUCACCAGCCAUUGGGUAAAGAAACAGGUGUGACGUGCAUAGCACGGGACUCUUUGGCUUGCAUGUGUGUGUGUGUGUGUGUGUGUGUGUGUGUGUGUGUGUGUGUGUGUGUGUGUGUGUGUGUGUGUGUGUGUGUGUGUGUGUGUGUGUGUGUG